AGAGAGAAAGAAGAGUAAGCGUUUGCUGCGACCGGAAAAUCCCACAAAAAUAAGAGAGAGAAAGAAAAGAAGAGAAAAGACCGAGAGAGAAAGGGAAAAAAAUCGAGGGAGAGAGAGAAAGAGAAAGAGAGAAGGGUGGAGCAGAUCAGCAAAAAGAGUGAGAAGGGGAGGACGACCGGAGAGAGCUCGAAGGUAAACGCGGAAACCCGACGAGGGAUAGAAUUCCUCUGGUGGGACGCCCUACGACCCCGCCCCUUCACACUCUGAAGCUCGGCAUAGGUGAACCAAGGCGUCCUUGCCAUCAAUUCCUCUUCAAAGGUAGCGAUUUAUCUUCAAUUUUGAAUGCGCUUAUCGUGUUCUCUCGAGAUACCCAUUCAACGCCUCUUUAUGAAAGAUCCUUUCCGUGUAGUGCAUUUCUUUGUCGACCCACGGGAGAUCAAGGAUUUAUGGGUCGUUCACUUUCUGCAUUAAUUUGUAUAUGAAUGGGCUUCUGUAGUAGUUCAAGAUAGGAUUUAUGGGUUUGAAUGUGAAAAGGAAGAAAAAGAUGUGUAAGUUUCAGAGAAUGGGGUUUAGCUUGGGGGCAAUCUUUGGUGAUUGCAAUUUUUAGAUCCCAAUUUCGACUCUGAGGAUGUGAAUUAGUGUCUUGAAGUAAGUUGGUAGUGCUAAUUUUCUUUAUGGCGCCAGUGGUGGUGGUCGGCUUUUAUUAGUUUUCUGCAUUAUUGAUCUGGGUGGUUUGGAGAUUAGGGUUUGAAUUUGGUUAACCGGCAAAUAAGCCCUAGCUUGUGGAGAGUUCAGUGUUUUGGAAAGGAAGUUGGAACCUUCAAUAAGAUUUUCGGUUUGUGCGUUCACUGUUAGGGUUUUCAGCCGGUGAGUUGACGGUUGCUUUUAGUUGGGUUGGGUCGUUGGUCUCAAUCUCGCUUUGUUUCAGAACUUCGGACAGUCUCCCUCAGUUUCAGAACUUCGACCUUUUGGGGUUUCGAGGAAUUUGGUUGUGGAAGAGCAUAAACCCUUUCUUCCAGUGGGAAUUGCUGAUCCGGAAGUUGUAUGGGUUCCAAAAUCUGAAAUGCCACCCUCACAGCAGCAUUCACGGAUUAAUCUUGCCGAUUUGAAGGCUCAGAUUGUGAAAAGGCUUGGACCAGACAAGGCGCAAAGAUACUUUAGUCAUUUGACCAGAUUGUUGAGUCAGAAAAUUAGCAAAGUUGAGUUUGAUAAACUAUGUUACCUCACCAUUGGACGGGAGAACCUCGCACUUCACAAUCAGUUCAUACGAUCAGUUCUCAAGAACGCUUGUCAUGCAAAGGUGCCCCCUCCACCUCCCGUGCAGGACGCCACUGCAUUGGUUGGUGGAGUAGCGAAGACAUCUCAGAGUCCAUCAUUCAGUGCGCCGAAUGCUGUUAUUUUAUCAAAUGGGGAUAUACCGGGGUCUCCUCAGAAGGGAAGAACUCUUAAACGUGAUAGAAGACCCGUUGAUCGACCAAGCCCCCUUGGCACCAUUGAGAAAACAGAAAUUGUUACUGCACAUCGUGGAGAUGGUAAGGAAGAAACUGUUCCAGGUGUUGCUGAGAAUGGAGACAUGUAUCCAUAUGACCUCCAGAGGGCUGCCCAUCAUCUUCAAGGGCUUGCUGAGGAGCCAGAUAAUGAGCGGAGCAGUCCAAUGCUGCUUCCACCUAUCAAGAGGGCAAGGCUGCAAAAGUCAACUCGUGAUCAAUUUCAUGUAAAUAACAAAGGUCUGACGGAAGUAGUAAUAGAGGAAGAUGUUGAGCCAGUCCCUUCUGACCCCUUUCAAUGUGGAAGCCCCAUAUGUGCUCCUUUGGGAAUUCCCUUCUGCUCAGCUAGUUUAGGUGGUGCUCGCAAGGGCAUGAUUCGGAGCUUGUCUGAUCUACCAUCAGUAAGUAGUUAUAUGAGUUCUGUUGAUGGCGGUGAACUAUUGGAUACAGAAACGUUGAAGAAGAAGAUGGAGCAUAUAGCAGAGGUUGAGGGUCUUCAUGGCGUGACAAUUGAUUGUGCUAAUUUGUUGAAUAAUGGGCUGGAUGCCUACCUGAAAAGGUUGAUACGGACAUGUAUAGAACUAGCAAAGGCAAGGGCAGGGAGCGAACAGACAAAAGCUGCAAUCCAGAAGCAGCACAUCUAUGGGAAGGUUGCACAAGGAAUUAAUGGCAUGUGGCAAAACCACUUGCACAAUCAAACUAACAAUGUUUCAGCAGAAGGGAUACGGAGCCAAUCUCCAAUAUCUUUGCUGGACUUUAGAGUAGCUAUGAAGUUGAAUCCACAACAAUUAGGAGAUGACUGGCCUUCAUUGCUUGAGAAAAUCUCUUUUCGCGGAUUCGAUGAAGAAUAAGUGUCUAGAACUUUAAUUCAUUUCCAACAAGGUUGUGGCUGAGGCUGUCACCUUCAACUGACAGUAAUUGUUAGCCUAUGUGUUGAUGGUGAAUUGCCUCUCAUUAUUGGGGAAAAUGAAAUGCUCCCUGUGGUUCAGUUUCUUCUUCUUAUGACACUUAACAAAUGAAUGAAUGUGAAGAUUUUAUUAGCUCAGAAGGGAGUGUUUGGCCAACUGCUUCUUCUUAUUAUGACACUUAACAAAUGGAUGAAUGGGAAGAUUUUAUUAGCUCAGAAGGGAGUGUUCGGCCAACUGGAGAGGUACCUGCUCAAUUAAGAAAACUCGGUGCCUGCAACAAAAAAGGGACCCUCAGCAUGUUCCUUCAUUUGGUUGCAUUGUUGCAUGUUCCUUCUGGUUCAGUUUCUGCUUCUUAUGACACUUAACAAAAGAUUCAAUGUGAAGAUUUUAUUAGCUCAGAAGGGAGUGCAGCCAACUGGAGAGGUACCUGCUCAAUUAAGAAAACACUGUAUCUGCAACAAAAAAGGGAACUUCAGCAUGUUCCCUCAUUUGGUUGCCUUGUUGUAUGUUUAGAAUUUACUUGAGAGUCUCUCAAUCACCGCAGAUCUUGGGAUCUAAAUUUAUGUAAUUUAACAGCAAUUAAAGAGGAAAAAGGCUGAAAGCUUUGCAAGAGAUGAUUUUGUUCAAUCAAGAGGUGCUUUCCUUUCAAUAGGAUCGCAGUGUUGCUGUAUGUAUUGCCAAGUCUGGGGAUUGCUUGGGUGGUUCAUUUGAGAAAUUGCUAAAGAAAUUUCAUUUGAUCUA